AUGCCAUCACUGAAGCUUCGCGUGGCUGCGGCUCAGAUGGGCGCAACGCAUUACAACGACCCCCGGCCCAAGACACUGAAUCGCAUGCUAUCACUUCUUGAAGACGCAGCCGCAAAGGGAGCACAGCUGGUUCUCUUCCCUGAAGCCGCCUUCACGACCUUCUUUCCCCGGCAUCUGAUAAACGACUCCUCUGAACUUGACUCCUUCUUCGAGCACGGCGAUGUAGCGACUCAGCCGCAGACAAAACCGCUAUUCGAUAAGGCCAACGAGCUGGGCGUCGACAUCUCGGUCGGCUUUGCCGAAAAGGCCGACGACGGCGAAACCUUCAACUCCUGCAUCUACUACCACGCAAAGAGCGGCUCCAUCCUCUCAAAGUACCGCAAGAUCCAUCUUCCGGGCGACUUUGAGCCCUUUGCGGACCCGGAUGCCACGAACCAGCUAGAGAAGCGUUACUUCAAGCCUGGAGACCUCGGCUUCAAUGCGUUCCGGGUACCCGAUCUGACAGAGCCGGAGGCGGCACCGGAGCGCGGGGACCCCAUCUUCGGCAUGAUGAUCUGCAACGACAGGAGAUGGGCUGAGAGCUGGCGCGUUUUGGGUCUACAGGGCGUCGAGGUCGUACUGUGCGGCUACAACACGGCCGGCUUCGCGCCGCAUCUCUGGGGAACCAGCGCCAGCAUGGAUCCGGACGAGGCGCGGAGCAAGGCACUCUUCCACCACAAGUUGGUGAUGCAGGCUCAUAGCUACACGAAUGCCUGCUUCAGCAUCAGCGCUGCGAGGUGUGGUCUCGAUGACGGGAUAUACGACCUCAUUGGCGGUAGCUGCAUCACUGGUCCGGAGGGCGAGCUUGUCGCUGAGGCAUCUACAACAGAGGACGAGGUCGUCUAUGCAGAAAUUGACCUGGCUGAGUGCCGGCCGGGCAAGGAGCGCACAUUUGACUUUGCCAGACAUCGUCGUGUAGAGCAUUAUGCUCGCAUCACAGAACAAACCGGCGUCGUGGAGCCUCCUAAGCUCUCGCCCUUAGCCGAGAAACACAACGGAGCAGUAAGUAACGGCAUCACGCCUGGACAGACUCAGAAGAAGAUCCGCAUCCUCCUCAUCAACCCAAAUAGCACCCGCGCCAUGACCGACGCCUGCGUCGCCAUGGUCGAGAGCCAAUUACCCCCCGACGUCCUCGUCACAGGCUUCACGGCGCCUAGGCCGGCGCCCUCAGCCAUCGAAGGCAGUUUUGACAACGUAAUGUCCGCCGCGGCCGCCGCUCGCGCCGUCCUGCCCCUUGCGGCGACCCAUGAUGCCGUCUUGGUGGCGUGCUACUCCGACCAUGCCCUCAUCCGCAUGCUUCGCGAAGAACUCCCUCGCCAGCCCGUCAUCGGGAUCACGGAAGCCUCGCUCUUCGCGGCGCGAACGCUGGGCGGGCGGUUUGGGCUCAUUGCCGUGAGCGAGCGGUCGAGGGUGUUGCACGAGGAUAGCAUUCACCACUAUGGCUUCUCAGCCUCCUGCGCCGGCGUGGUCUCGUGUAAGUUGGGCGUGCUGGACUUGCACGAGAAGAGCCAGGAUGAGGUCAUGGGAAUCAUGGCAGCCGUCGGGAAGAAGCUGGUGGAGGAAAAGGGGGCCGAUUUGUUGCUUCUGGGAUGCGCGGGUAUGACGCCGCUCAAGGGGGCCGUAGAGGCGGCUGUCGGGGACGGCGUGCAGGUUGUUGACGGCGUAUUGGCUGGGGUGCAUCACCUAGUUGGAUUAGUUAGAAUGGGCGAUGCCACGGCCAAGAGGGGCGUCUACAAGAGCUCCGGUGACGGACGAAAGGCGAGAGGACAGGAUUGGAUCUACUUGUUGCUAUCGAAAUGCAGGGUUGUUUUGCUAAUGAUCCAAUCGGCCAACGCCCCGUUAUCAGAGUCCGAUAGUUUGCAGAUCAACUCAGAGUCUCAACCAACAUGGAAUCCUGGGGAGGACGCGGGGAAUGAAAUCAACUUGAACGGCCAGACCAAAAAGAGUAGUAGGAACAGUCAUCCCUGCGACUUUUGCCGUUACAAGCGCGCCGCUUGCCUUGUGCACGAAGACACGCCACCAUGUGAGCUCUGCCGACGGUUAGGCAAAGAGUGCACAUUUGUUGGGGGCCCUAACAAGAGGAGACGGCUAUCCGAGCGGCGGCAAAGCGGCUCGAGCGAUGGGAUACGGAGCCCCCAUCACCGACAGGACGGAGCUGCCCCUGGAGCAGAUGGGAGGUUUCCGUCUGUGGAGGUUUCGCCCAUUGCCGAUUCCAUCUUUGUGAGAGGGCUGAUGGACUCUGCGAGCCCGACAUCACCACACACAACGUCUUCACCAGAUGUUCCACGUCGAGAGAAUGUCUUCGUACCGUCGUCGCUGGACGCGGAGCCUGGUCACAAUGCUCAGGUGAUAGGUCUCAGCGGUGAAUCGGAUCCGUACUUGCUAAAUCUGUAUCACUUCGACGAGAGAGACGAAUGCACGUUUCAGCAACUCCGCAUCAGCAAUAUGGGGCCUGAAGAUGGGGUUCCCAUUCAGUUUAUGCUACAGCGCAACUCACAAGCUAGUAAAGCGCAACCAGGAGGGCUGGGAGCUACCGCGGCCGACCUUAGAUGCGAGGUCUCGGACCUGGUCUCUGAGAAUGUUGGUCAAAGGCUCAUCACUCUUUUCUGGAAGUAUGUUCAACCUUACUUCCCGGUCGUAUCCAAAGAACACACAAUCCAAAAUCUUAACGGCAGCCCCUCCGCAAUGCCAAUAUGUCUCCUGGCAGCAAUCUAUGGCCACGCCCUCCCCUUCUGCGUAUUCGACGACAUCCUCUGUGUAGACGUCGACACCCUCCCCUCGGCAGACCACCUCUUCAAACUUGCCUGGAUGGCCGCCCUAUCCGAGUUCCAUACUCCAUCUCUCGCCACGGUGCAAACGAUGCUUCUCAUGAUUCAGCGACGGCCAACUAACAAGCACGUCGCCGACACGCCGUUCAAAUGGACCAUGCUCGCAGACACGGUGGCGCUCGCGCAGUGUUUGGGACUCAAUCUGGACCCAUCGGAUUGGGCGAUUCCGAGCUGGGAGAAGAGAUUGCGGCGGAGGCUUGCUUGGGCGGUGUAUGUUCAGGACAGGUGGCUGAGCCUUAACUUUGGCAGAAGUUCGCACAUUCAGGAGUGCGAUUGGGAUGUCUCGUCGCUUGGGCCGGAUGAUUUUGGUGAUGUUCCUGGUUGUGAAGUUGCAUCCCAAUACAGCGUCACUGCUCUGAUAUUGAUGCUCAUUAACCGUUGUAGCUCUAUCAAAGCCACUAGAGCUCUCUCCAAGUCGCUCGAAGCAACUUUCGAAGUUGCUCGGCCCUUGAGGAUUGAGCUUGCAGAGUGGCUGCAAAUCCGACCCGACGUAGGGGAACAGCCCUCAGCAUCUCUGCCAGAAUGCGGCCUCGAUGGGAAUGGUAGUCUGAAACUCGCCUACAUCACCGCAAAGAUUGCUGUCUUCAAGGCCCUUCUUCGACCGAAAAGCAUCGAGGUCCCAACCGAAGCCCGCACGGCGUUGCGCACCGGCUCAAUGACUAUCGCGCGAGAGAUGCAUGACUUUCUCGCGAAACUGGAGGCUCAUCAUCUUGAAGCUUUCUGGCAUUCAUAUUCCCGUGUCAACUUUGCCAUUGCGAGCAACUUUAUUGUCUUGCUCUUUGCUCUCUCUCCGACGCUAUCGGAAGCUGAAGACGCCCUUGCUCUUUUGAUUCAGUGGAGGGGCUUAUUGCGGAUCAAGUCGAGAAGCUGCGACUUAUUGAACUUGAGCCUGCUGAGACUUGAUGCCAUCUUCGUGGCUGGGCUGGGCAAGCUCAUUGAAUUGACACCCGCGGCAGCUGAGGCAGCCUCGAACCGGGGUUUGCCGGGCCUUAAGCUCAUAGCAUGUGGUUCCAAUAACAUUAAAUGA